AUGGAAGACUCGCUUUUGAACCAACUAAAAAGAGUACGAGGCGAAUUUCUUGGAAAACUGAAGCCAUUUUGGCGGACUCCGUUUUACGGCUACACUACGGAAAAAAGACUGUACAUCAAAAUAACCUACACGAAGCCGUACUUGCACGAUGCGAUCAGAGAAGUGUUGGAGGAAAAGUUCAAGGUUCAAAAUGGAUUUUACAAUUAUGUCACUCCCGACUUUCUGACCGGCUUCCCCAAAGUGCAGCAAGAGAAGGCUCAUCAGGAAGAGAUGCUUCUGCAGAGCGCGAUGAAGUUCAAGAGCUUCCAAGAAAAGAUCGAAGAAUUGACUUCGGCCCGCGAAAAAGAUGAGCCGCUGAAAGAAAGCCUCAACAAAGAGUUGGAAGAGAAGAAUGCUCAGCUGACAGAAUUCAAAAUCCAAGUCUCUGAGCUGAAUGAGGAACGCGCAACACUGUUCAAGACGAUCGACGAACUGGAAGCAGUCAAGGUCAAGUACGAAGUUCUUCAGGAGUCCAGUACUGGAAAAGAAAAGACGAAGAUCGAGAAUGAUUAUCUCAGAAAGCGACUGGAGCAAGCGUGCGAGUUCAACGAGCAAGAAGUUGAGAAGCGAAAAACGAUCGAAAACAAGCUCGCUGCGACGGAAGCUUCUUCGGCCCAAUCUUAA